AUGGAGCAUUACUCCAUCGGUCAUGGUCACCUCCUAGUCUUCAGAAAUGAAGGGGACUCCGUUUUCCAUGUGAUAAUAUUCGACAAGAGUGCUUCGGAGAUUGAUUAUCCCUCGAGCAUCGGAAGUUACAGAGCGAGCCCUGAGGGUGAAUUCCUCUCUCGAAAAGAGGAAAAUGUCGUGGAAAUCGGAGAUUCAGAGGGUUUCGUGCCUCGUUCUUGGCCAAGUUCGAAGGGCUUGUCACGAGAAUUCGGAGGUCCAAGUUCUCUCACUGCACUUGAAUUAGCCAGCAGAUUCGAAUCAGACCAUCCAUUUUUUAAAGUAGUGAUGCGACCUUCUUAUAUUCAGAAAUAUUUGUGCGUCCCUUGUAAAUUCUUCGGGAAACAUGUUCAAAAGAACAAGCAAUUUGUGACUCUUAGGUACUCAGACAGAUCAUGGCAAGUGAAGCUGAGGAGCUAUGAACACAGACGAAUGGCAUUUCUCUCUACUGGUUGGUCCUCAUUCAUGAGAGAAACUGGUCUUCAUAUAAGUGAUGUCUGCGUGUUCGAGCUCAUUGAUAGGGAUGACAUUAUGUUCAGAGUCUCCAUGUUCAACAAUGAUGGUUGGAUUGAAAUCAAACAGUCUCAAUGCCGAGAGAGCUCUUUGGAGCCCUCUUUUCAUGGUUCUCUAUGUCUGAGCCCUGUCAGUACUCAUGAAAAAGCUAGCGGAUUUGAAUCGGACCAUCCCUUUUUCAAAGUGGUGAUGCAGCCUUCUUAUGUUCAGAAUUAUUUGGUUAAGUGGAAACAUGUUCAAAAGAACAAGCAAGUUGCGACUCUUAGGUACUCAGACAGAUUGUGGCAAGUAAAGCUGCGGAGCUAUGAACACAGAGGAAUGGCAUUUCUCUCUAAUGGCUGGUCCUCAUUCGUGAGAGAAACUGGUCUUUGUCCAAGAGAUGUCUGCAUUUUCGAGCUCAUUGAUAGGGAUGGCACUGUGUUCAGAGUCUACAUUUUCAAAAGUGAUGAGCAUUCCAGUGAAUUCUUCAGGAAACAUGUUCAAAAGAACAAGCAAGUUGCAACUCUUAGUUACUUAGACAGAUCUUGGCUAGUGAAGUUGAGAAGCUAUGAUCACAGAGGAAUGGCAUUUCUCACUAGUGGUUGGCCCUCAUUUGCAAGAGAAACUGGUCUUUGUCUAAGAGAUGUCUACGUGUUUGAGAUCAUUGAUAGGGAUGACAUUGUGUUCAGAGUCUCCAUUUUCAGCAGUGAUGCUAAGGACCUGAUUUAUGUUGAUUUAGAUGAACACUAA